UUUCCCGCUGCUGUCGAGCGUGUUGCACACGAUGAGAUACGAAAUCACUGUACUGCUGCUGCUGCUGCUUUUCACACUGUGUCCGUACGCUUUAGCGAAACGAUCGUUCAGUCUUCUAUCAUCCGAUCCCUGCCUGGAGAAGCGAACAUGCGGCAAGAACGAGGAGUUCGUCUGCUGUGGACCCUGCGCCGAGCCAACCUGCACCAAACCGGAGCCUAAUGCCGACUGUACCAACGUCUGCGUAGCGGGCUGCUUCUGCAAGAAGAACUACGUACGGCGCGCCAUCGGUGGAUCGUGCAUCUGGGCGAACAGUUGUCCCAGGCGUGUACAGACGACCAAAAAACCAUAACGUUGCUUCCUCUCUGCCCAGCGAAUGUUCUAGUAAGUGAGCUCACUGGUUGUAGCGAUACUGUCGCCUAGUUAGAUCGACGAAAGCAAACCCUUGAACGAACGUAGGAGUGCAAUGGCCCGCGUGGGUCAUUUGUUUGUUUCGUUUGUUACAGCCAACGUCAUUGGCCGUAGAUCCAAUCGAAAGCAGUAAUUGAGUUCGUGGUUUGUUGAACUAGUAGUGGCUAGUUUAAUCGAUGUUCAUACGGCAAUUUCUUCGCUUACUUUUGCUGCUCAUUUGCAACUGAACAGUCACAAACGAAAGGUGAAUGGUGUAGUAAAUAGGGCUUGAAUAAAUCACUAUGAGUUAAGGUGUAUAGUUAGGGGUGAAAAUGAAUCCAUAUAAACUCUAUCUUUUUGCGAACAAUAAGGACGCAAGUUGAUCGAUUGGUAGCUUUUAUUUUUAGUUUGGAAAGCUCUCCAGUAGAUUGCAACGAGCACAGAGUAGCAAAACUAAAACAUUCGAA